AACGACAACACAAAGCAAAACAAGAACCGAGCAAAGAUGCGUCGCGAGGGACGGCAGAGAGGGUGGGUGCGAGUCUACGACCGGGAGCUGGUCGACCCGGAGUGCAAGCGGCGCGCGGUGUACGCCGUGGCGGAGGAGGGGCCGACGACGACCGUCGUCGUGGCCAACGGCGGCUACAUCAGGGCGUCGGGGAAGCCCACCAACCACUCCAAGUCCGCCGGCGGCCGCGCGUUCGGGGAGCUCAGCGGCAAGGCCCGGGCGUCGUCGUCCAAGGGGAGGCGCAAGUUCGCGCACGACGAGUACAAGACGUACUGGCUGGAGAUGGCUGACGCUGUCGACGGGAAGUUCGAUUAUCUCUAUGACUUCGCGGUCGAUUCAUGAGCGCUGACGGAUCGAGAUGCGUUGCCUCUGUGAUUGACAGCCGAACGAGAGACCAGGAGGAGGAGAUGUAUGAAUACUGGAGCCAAUCGAUAGUACAAAAGUAUUUUUGAUUUCUGCUUCUGCUAUGACUUUUGUACUCAAGCAUGCUGGUGUCUGUUGCUUCAGUUAAUAAUAAUCAGACUUGUUAAAAGCACAUAGCGCGAUAUUGUACUGCACAUUGGAGUAAGUGUUAUUUGAUCUAUGCGUAAAAGAAUUAUUGUUUGAUCUU